UGCCAUGACAAAAAAUUCUUAUAGUUGUUAUACUUGUACCUAAAAUAGUCAUAUAAUAUAUCUUAAAUCGCAUUUGUAAAAAUACUCGUUCCAAAAAUUUAGUAAAUUUCUUUGGCGUAAUACAGAAUCGUUUUUUGUUGUCAAGAAUACAUUUUUUGUAACUUGAGAAGAGUGGUGAGAGAAAUUCCAACGGCGGGAAAUCUUUGAAGUUAGCAGUUUUGUCGGAAGAUGCCUCAUUCGUUUGCUGGCUUCAUCUCUCCUUUCUCUAUUUUUGUCAUCUCUUGGAGAAGCUGAGAGAAGUUAGUUCUUUCUCUUCUUUCCACCUCCAUUUCUCUUUUUUCGACUGGUUCCUCAUCUUCUCUUUGUAAGUUUUUUUUUCUCUUCUCUCUCUUUUUUUUCUUCUUUUGAACAUUUUAGAACACAAAGGGCUUCACGCUUGAAAUCUCUCAUGUUUCUCGCCUUUUACAUGAGUCAUAUUCGGUUAAUGUAACUAUCAGGAAGACAUUAGAUUAUUUGUAACGCGUGAUGAGUUUCGAUAUAAAAGUCAUUCAAUUGCACCGUAAGAUUAAAGAUUGAAACAUGCACGAGAGAAUAACCUCAAUGUUUAUGGCUUAAGAUAGUAAUUUCUUCUCAGGUAAAUGAUGUCAUUGCUCUUUGAUAGGAUUUCUCAUUUGAGAUAUUGUUUUUCUUGAUGAGAGAGGCAUUUUUCCAAGAAUGGGGAGCAGGAUGAAGGAAGGCGAGCGAACCGAAAAGGCUAUCCGGAGUUUAUUGAAGCUUCCUGAGAACCGACGAUGCAUCAAUUGCAAUAGUCUGGGUCCACAAUAUGUCUGCUCAACUUUCUGGACUUUUGUCUGCAUAAACUGCAGCGGAAUCCAUCGAGAAUUCACACAUCGUGUUAAAUCUGUAUCAAUGGCCAAGUUCACAGCAGAAGAAGUUAGUGCGCUUCGCGCAGGAGGAAACGAGCGAGCCAGACAAAUUUAUUUUAAAGAAUGGGAUACUCACCGUGAUGGUUACCCCGAUGGCAGUAAUAUUUUCAAGCUCCGAGAUUUCAUCAGGAAUGUUUAUGUGGAAAAAAGAUACAGUAGUAGUGAUCGGAGCAAUGGCAAGCUCUCACAGCAGAAAUCGGAUGUCAUAGAAGAUUACAGGGAAAGUAAGAAGGCCAGUGCAAAUUUUCUUGGAUCUAGAAGUUUACACUCUGUGGAUAAAUCUGAAAUCGAAAGAUAUAGUGCUGUUGGGAGGAGUGGAAGUGAAUCUCUCAAGUUUUAUUUUGAUGACAAGAACCAUAAACAACAAUAUGUUACACAUAAUCCAAGGUCUAGAGGUUUACCAAAGAGUCCUAUUCGGUUUGAGAUAGUCGAUGAUAGGUUUAGAGACGAUGGAACUGUUAAGAGAUAUGAUGCACGAAAGGAGUCAAGAGGAAGCUCCAAAUCACUUGACCUCUCAAGUAACAAAGACAUGCCAAGCUUUCCCAUUGUACGUCAUACCAGCGAACUCAAUGUUGUAAAAUUUGAAAAAAAGAAGGAUCCAGUGAAUACUCAGACGACUGCAUCAUCUGAGAAAAUGGAGAGUCCUAGAAGUUUAAUUGAUGAUGAUGUACCAGUUUCAGAACCAUCUGAUGAAAGCAUUAGUAAGAGUUCAAGUGCAAUUAUUACAUCUCUAAAGACCAUUGAGGAGCCAGCUCCUAAUUCUUUGGAAGCUUUGUUGUUUGGACCCUCUGUUGGACCCUCUGUUCUUUCUGUUGUCCCUGGAACAAACAACUCUGAACUAUGGAACACAAGCGAUAUUUCUUCUACAGACAAUUAUACCGCAGCUAACCUCGGGACUCAGACAAUGCCAGGAAUACCAGAUAAUGUUACCUCUUUUGUCACAUCACCAACAACUGUACAUGCUCAUGCCGGUUCUUCAGGUCCUGUGGUACCUGUUGCUCCUGAUAACUUAAAUACAAAAGAGACGGCUACACCAAGUGUAGCUGCAAAUAACCAGGGACCAUCAGAUUUCUCUAUGGAACAGUCAACACUGGCUAUCACAAAUUAUGCUCAUGGAGUUGGAUCUGAGCAAGAUCAUCCAGAUGAGACACAAUCUAGCAUAAGAAAGGCGCUUCCCGAGGACCUUUUCUCUGGAGGCUUCUCAUUUGCCCCCCAGCAAGUUCAUGGUCAACAUCAUGGCAUGGGAUAUGGCAUGGAAUAUUAUCAAUAUCCUAUGGCUAUGGGAGCCAUAACAUAUACAGCAAAACCAGCAAAUCCCUUUGAUCUUAGCUAUGAUGAUACAGCUCCAAACCAAACACCACAAUUUCCUUCUAUGGCAUAUGUGCAAGGAGGAGGCUUACCACACGUGUCAGCUCCGAUAGGGUAUUCAGAUUCUGCAAGUCCAGCUGCAGAUUCCAUUGGACUGAUGACCUCUCAGUCACCUUUUCAUACAACCGCUUUAUCCCCAAACUCUCCAGCUCUUGCAUCCAAUCUUUCCCCUGGUGCACUAAUGGGGCAGCAAUCACAGGUGAAUAUGUCCCCAUCAUUCAGGCAAGAGUAUAGUGGCCUCGGUACUGAAGGAAAUACGUUCAACGGAGCACAUACAUUUCAUCAAGCAAACAAUGGAUAUCCUUGUGCAAACCCAAAUGCUUAUAUUUCCAGAGGAAAUCCCUUUGAAUGAGAGAGAGAGCGCUUAAGAUUUGACUCUUAAGCAUGACUUGCUUGAAGAUGAAACAGAGGUUCCAAUCAUCUACUAUUGCUUCUUGAUCAAAUUGUACAUUGAUGUGGAAAGUUAUAACUUGUAACCAUAAGAUUAUAAAACUAUGUAAUUUAUAUACAAAGCUUGUUCUACCAAUGGCCAUGGACAAUCUUAUAGCGUGCAUGUGUAAACGUAAACAACCAAACAAAUA